GUCACGUCUUCCAAAAUAUUCAUGAAUCAUAUACACUCAGUUUAGCAUCAUCGGUCUAUUGACUAUGCAUAUUCCGUCAAAUUUAAAAUCCUAUGCCACAAUUAUCAUUACGGAAGCUGAUGCCUAAACAAUUUUUUUUCUCAGUAUCAUUACGUUUUGCCUUGUCACCAUGCUGACGAACAGCUGCGCAGCUAGCAUUAGGCUCAACCGCUCAACCUCCGAGUUCCACUGUCAUCAGAUUAAACCGCUAGCGCUAUAUAUCUGAGGGGGCUAGACACCAUGUCUUUCACCAGAGUUGAGACUCGAGGUGCUAUUUCCUGUAGACAACGAGCAAAUGGUGCAUCCAGAGCAAAGCAAUGAUGAUAACCUCAUGCUGGACCUGCGCAAGUACAUCCUGGUGAUGGCCAUCCUGGCGGCGACGGUGACCUAUGUCGCUGGGCUCAACCCGCCUGGAGGAGUCUGGCUGAGCAGCAAGGACGGCUACCUCAUCGGCAACCAGAUUCUUGUGGUGACGGACCACCCCCGGUACAACGCCUUCUUCUACAGCAACGGGGCCGCAUUCAUGGCGUCGGUCGUGGUAAUCCUCCUCCUCCUCCUCGUGGAGCAGAGGGAGAAUGCCGAAAAAGGCUCCUCGCCCCGCUUUAUAGAUAAAGCAAUAACCACGCGGUGGUGGCAGAAUCCCAAGCCGCUCAUCCUCCUCGCGCUGAGGGUGGUCAUGGCGCUGGACAUGCUCGCGCUCAUGGUGGCAUACGCUGCAGGGGCCAGCCGUGGAAUGGUCACAACUGUCUUCUCCUCCGUGCUGGUAUCUGUUGUCUCCAUCUAUGCUGUGUUUCAUAUGAUCAAGUAUAUCGGCGCAGGAAAACUGGAAGAAAAUGCUGAAGCCAGUGGCGAGGAUAAAAAACUUGAGCGGGCACGUCAGAUUAUGAUGUUGUUUGCAAUUUUUGCGGCAACAAUAACCUACACGGCGGGGAUGAGCCCCCCAGGUGGCUUCUGGCCGGAUACCCAGGACAGCCACCGUGCCGGUGACCCGGUCCUGCUAGAUGACCACUCACGCCGGUUUGUGGCCUUCUUCGUCUGCAACACCUUUGCAUUCAUCACAUCCCUAGCUGCCAUCAUGCUACUUACAACCGUCACCAGCAAGCUCGAGGAGGGCUCUUACAAGAAGUGGUGCCACCAUGCGCCAUACGUGUGCGUAAACGUGGCAUUGCUUGGCCUUUUCGUGGCCUACGCCAUUGGGAGCUGCAGGAAGACUCGCUCUACCGUCUACUUAUUCAGUCUGGUUCUCCCGGUUCUCAUAUACACCGUUCUCCAGUUCAUGAUCCAGAAAUUCCUGGAGCAAAUAAAAAGACUUCUAGCAUCAUGUUUGAUCGAGAACAAUCUAAGAUCAUGCUGGGGCAGGAAUGACAAUGACCAUGAGAAAGACAACCGGCUGAAGAAGGCCCAUUCUCUCGUACUGCUACUUGCAACCCUUGCCACGACCAUCACCUACCAAGCGGGGAUGAACCCACCGGGUGGCUUCUGGCCCGACAACCGUGACGGGCACAAGGGAGGUGACCCGGUACUUGUAACCACGCAUGCUAGACGCUACAGGGUGUUCUUCUACUGCAACUCGGUCGCCCUUGUGACUUCCGUAGUUGUCAUCGUCAUGGUCCUGAGCAAGCAUGUGACAUCAAGCGUCGUCCACAAGCGACACGCCCUGGAGGCUGCCAUGAUACUAGACCUGCUCAGCCUCAUGGCUGCGUAUGCAGUCGGCUGUUGCCGGGAUGUAACCACCUCCCUCCACGUCAUCGCUCUGGCUGGUGCAGUAUUGGUCUACGUGGUGAUCCACAUCGUCUUCUUCACGCUAGAUCCUAAGGUCAGGCCGGAGGAGGAGAUGAACAAGAAACGCAAGCUGCUGCUGCUGCUAGCCAUCUUGGCCGCAACCAUCACUUACCAAGCUGGGUUGACCCCACCUGGCGGCUUUUGGGGUGAGGACGACGGGUUUGGUCAUAGAGCAGGUUAUCCUGUCCUCUUGAGUAACUACCCUCGCCGUUACACAACGUUCUUCUACUGCAACGCCACGAGCUUUAUGGCAUCCAUAGCCAUGAUCAUCCUCCUUGUGAAUCCGAACCUGUACACACCCGGCAUAAAUUGUUAUGCACUCUAUGUGUGUGCUCUGGCGGGCUUAUUUGGCCUCGUGGGUGCCUAUGUCGCAGGAAGCUCCCGGCAUGUGCGGACAUCCAUCAUUGUGGUUGCAUUGGUUGCUGUGGUGUUCGUGUUUGUCAUCUUACUGCUUAUAGUGCUGAAGCAGAAUAAAGAUCCCAAGCCUACAAAGAGCCAGGUAGAUGAAAAGGGCACAGAAGAAAAAAAUAUCCAGGAAGAUGGAAAGGGUACAGAGGAAAAAAUGAUCCAGGAAGUUGAAAAGGGUACAGAAGAAAAAAAUAUCCAGGAAGAUGAAGAGGGUACAGAAGAAAAAAAGAUCCAGGAAGUUGAAGAGGGUACAGAAGAAAAAAAGAUCCAGGAAGAUGAAGAGGGUACAGAAGAAAAAAAGAUCCAGGAAGAUGAAGAGGGUACAGAAGAAAACAAGAUCCAGGAAGUUGAAAAAGGUACAGAAGAAAAAAAGACUCAGGAAGAAAAAAAGCGUACUAUUAAAGAAAAAAAAGAAUACACCAAGGGAAAGUAUUUGAUGCUGGUGGGCAUCUUAGUGGCGAGUGUCACCUAUCAGGCCGGCCUUACUCCACCCGGCGGAGUGUGGCCGGACAGCAGCAAUGGGCACACGGCUGGCGACUCGGUCCUGCAUGACAGCAACAAGCACCGGUACCGUUUUUUUUUCUACAGCAACUCCAUUUCCUUCCUAGCGUCGGCCAUCGUCAUCCUCCUACUCCUGCUGGACAAGCCACUGUUUUCGGAGAAGGGACUCCUACGCAUGAAGAGCAAGGAGCUGCUCCGAGUAGCGCAGUCUUCGGUUGUGCUGGCCUUGCUUGGCCUCCUUUGGGCAUAUGCCUCUGGCUGCAGCCGCGAGUGGGAGACAUUUGGUUACAUUGGCGCACUUGCCUUUGCCGUGCUGCUCUACAUUGCCAUCCAUGUGGUACUAUCGUGCCGUGACAAGAAAGACGAGUCUCCUGCCAAGCAAUGCAAUUGCAAAUGCAUAUGUAAAGCCGGUGGAGGAGCACUGGAGGGAACUAAAGUUGGGGCUAACAAUGUUUAGGGAUCUUCUGCUCACAUGUGUAUCUCCUUUGUAUGUACCUAUGUGCUGAGUUGUUAAUUGUUACUUCCCAAAAGC